AUGAACACGAAAAAUUCUGCUCUGAGGCGACACGACCACGAGCAAAUCGCACUUACACGUACCAGAGAAGGUUUGGAGCCAAAAAAUACCGUAGAAUUGACGAACUAUGGGGUCCUGAUCUCUGAACAUAUUAAUGGAACGGACAAUGUUAGCGCAGACUGUUCGUCACGAGCUCCAAGAGUUGUGGUGGAGGAGGUUGAGGAGGUCAGGAAUAAGUAUGAUUAUUCGUAUUUAAAUUUCAUAGAAUCCGAGGUGCCAACAUUAGAUAUUGAAUUAAUAAAAACAGAGAAACAAAGAGAUGUUUCUUCGUCUGAGGUAAUAGAAUAUGUCAGACAUGGUUGGCUAGGAAAAGUUAAAGCGGAUUUAGAAAUUUUUAAGAAGCGAGAGAAUGAAUUGUGUGUGGAAGAUGAUUGUUUGAUGCUAGGACUGAGAGUAGUGAUUCCAAGUGUUUUGAGGUCUAUGAUACUCAGUGAACUUCAUGUGACGCACAUGGGCAUAGUGAAAAUGAAGUCAUUGGCAAGAUCACAUGUGUGGUGGCCAGGAAUUGAUAUGGACAUUGCGAAAAUUACGAAAUCUCGUGAAUUGUGUUCGGGAAAUGCGUCGAAUCCUCCAAGGUCCCAACUGAAUGUUUGGAAAUGGCCAGAAAGACUCAACCAGCGGAUCCACGUCGAUUAUCUCCAGAUAAAAGAGGAAAUGUAUUUGGUGAUAGUCGAUUCGUUUUCCAAGUGGCUGGAUGUAAUGAAGAUGAAACACAUUACUUCAAGGAUUAUGAUCUUGGCGAUGGGAGAGUAUUUCGUAACGUGGGGUUUCCCAAAUGUUCUAGUGAGUGACAAUGGACCGAGCCUAGUAUCGGAAAAGUUUGAGUCUUUCUUGAAGCGGAAUGGUAUUUUGCAUGUGAGAACCGCGCCGUAUCACUCAGCAUCCAAUGGAGCAGCGGAGAAUGCCGUGAAGACGUUCAAGAAACAUUUCAAGUUAUUGGUAGAGGAUCACGUCAAGAAAGAAGUGGCCCUGACUCAAGUCUUGCUCAGUCUACGCAAUACACCGCAUUGUACCACGGGAUGCGAACUGGUAAGACCGAAUUUACGUAGCCGCGUAGUUCAACAGCAAGCUAGACAACAGCAUUAUGCACCAGGUGCCAGAGUACGUUCAUUUGAUGUGGGAGAAACAGUGAUGGCGAAAGUACACUUACAAAAUAAGUGGAUUAGAGCUGAAGUGAUUGCGAGACUGUCACCUGUUACUUAUGGAGUAAAGACAACAAAUGGUUUAAUGUGGAAGAAGCACGUGGAUCAGUUACGUCCCACGUUAUUACAAGGUGAAUCAGUGGACAUCGGAGAAGACCGAGGUGAUUCAAUAGAGAAGGAUCCAGUUCCUCUAGCGCGAGAAGGGUUAACUGGGAAUUCGUCGCUAUUCGACAAUUAUCCUCAUGAAGGUAGUACACCUGAUGGUAUCGCUAGUGGAUUACCUAGCUCAUAUUCCAGUGAGUUCAGUGUUAAUUCAAGUGACCCAGCAAGUGUGUCCCCAAUCCCAGAGACAGCUAACAUUUUAAUCGAGACCAAAGACUGUUUGAAAUCCCAAGUGUCAGUUCCUACCAAAGUGCCAGUGACCCCAGUUUUGCGUCGAUCAAUUCGUAAUCGAAAACUGGUGCAAAGACUAGACCUGUAG